AUUUAUCAGCCUGUGAUAACCAAUUUUAAGAUUUGUUGAAGACAAUCUAGUACACUGGGUUAUUCAAUUUUAAGAACUUUGCAGGAAUAUACUUAACCUAAAGUUUAAAAUACUUUUUAAAAAUGAAGAAGAAAUAUGUUUUACUCAUUCCAAUUCUAAUCUGCAUGUUAUGUCUACAAACUACUCAGGCUGCGAAAAUAUUAGGCGUUUUCAUUCUUUCCGCCAAGAGUCACUACAGUUUGGGAAACGCACUGCUAAGAGGACUUGCAGAUGCAGGCCAUGAUGUUACGAUGAUAAGCCCUUACGAGGAUAUAGUACCCACUAAAAGCGGCAGCUACAGAAGCGUUGUUUUGACAGGUUUUGCCGAGCGAUAUGAAGCUAUAAUGAAGCACGUGAAUCCUUUUGAAAAAGCGUACACCAACGACUUCACACACUUCUUAAAAUUCCAAAAGAUAGUCUACCCAGGUCUGGAAAGAACCUUGUCGCAUCCUAACGUUCAGAAACUUAUCAAUUCUGACGAAACCUUUGACGUAGUGAUUGUAGAGCAGUUUGCGACUGAAGCUUUCAAGGCAUUAGCUCACCAUUUCAAGGCACAUUUAGUUCUGUUUUCAUCCAUAGGAGCUGACAGUAAAUUAAACUAUGUAGUGGGUAAUCCAACUAUGGUAUCGUACGUACCACAAGUAGAUACAGAUUUUUCAAGAGAAAUGACUUUUUGUCAAAGGUUGUAUAAUACUUUGCUGUAUAUUUUUGAGGCUGUAGUCACCCACUACCACUGGCUUCCUUUACAACAGGAAGGAUUGGUGAAGAAAUAUUUUCCAAAUUCACCAUCUAUAUUCGAACUCAACUAUAACGUUUCUUUAAUUUUGGUAAAUUCGCAUGAAAGUCUGCAACCAUCGAUUCCUCUAGUACCAAACAUUAUUCCCAUAGGAGGAUUCCAUGUUAAGAAGCCCAAACCGCUACCAAAAGAUCUCCAGCAGUAUUUGGAUGAUGCAACAGAAGGAGUAAUAUUUGUUAGUUUCGGAUCUUCAGUAAAGGCUGUCAAUUUGCCAAAAGAUAAAAAGGAAAUUUUAAUAACCAGUUUUGGCAAAUUAAAUCAGAAAGUUUUAUGGAAAUGGGAAGACGACGAUUUAAAAGGUUUACCACCAAAUGUAAAGACCCAGAAAUGGUUUCCACAAAUGGAUCUUCUAGCUCAUCCCAAUGUCAAACUAUUUAUCACCCAUGGAGGCAUUCUCAGUUUAACAGAAACUGUCUACAACGGAGUCCCAGUUCUUGUAGUACCAAUUUUUGGAGACCAAGCGAUGAAUGCCCAAAAUGUUGUAUUGGAUAAGUAUGGACUUACUAUAUCGUUCCAUGAUGAAGAUUUUUCGGAAUCCAAGCUGCUUGAAUAUACAUCAAAGCUGCUUAACGAUCCAACAUUCAAGGAAAACGCCCAACACAGAUCAAAGUUAUACCACGAUCGCCCGAUGGGUCCUAUGGAAAGAGCUGUAUAUUGGAUAGAAUAUGUGAUACGUCACAAUGGAGCUACUCAUUUGAGAGUUGCUGGUGUUAAUCUUCCUUGGUAUCAACAUUAUUUGGUAGAUGUCACUACUGUAGUUCUUUUGUUUAUUGCGAUUGUUGUAAAAUUGCUGUGUAUGUCUAUAAAUCUAUUUUUAAAACCUUGUACUAAAAGUCAUAAGAAAGCUGGUUUUACCCAAAACAAAGCUUCAAAAGUAAAGAAGAACUAAUCGUUA